AUGAAGAUGGGAGGAGGGACGACAGGAAGCGUGAUUGCAAGUCGGUUGACGGAGAACCCUCACGUGAAGGUGCUGUUACUCGAGGCUGGGUCGGAUGGAACCCUGCUCUCGUGGAUCCCUGCAGCCGCUGCCUUGAUGUGGUCGCUCGACAAGUUCGAUUACCGCUACACCAGCGAGCCUCAGGAGGAUUCCUGCCUCGCUCUCGAAGGAGGGCGAUGCCGUUGGCCCCGUGGCCGGAUGCUGGGAAGAAGUUCUGCCCUGAACGGCGCCAUUUACAUCCGAGGGAAUCAUAAGGACUACGACAACUGGGCCGCCUUGGGGAAUCCUGGCUGGUCCUUCAACGACCUCCUCCCGCUUUUCAUUAGGGCUGAGAAAUUCCUUGUAAAAGAUGCUUCGGCCAGAGAUGCUUUAUAUCAUGGGACUGGUGGAUAUUUUCCCGUAUCCCACACAUACUUCACGGAACUGCUGUCACCAUUCAUAGAGGCAGGGAAGAGCCUGGGCUUCCUCCAUAAUCACGACUACAACGGCGCCUCUCAAAGGGGUUUCAGCAGAGUGCAAGUGGCGGCCGAGGAAGGAAUCCGGUACAGCACAGCCAAAGCGUAUCUGACGCCUGUGAAGCAUCGCAAGAACCUUCAAGUCGUCCUCAAUACCGUUGUCUCCAGAAUCGUGUUAGACGAGACAACCAAGACGGCGAAGGGGGUCGAGUACCUGACGGAAGGAGGUUCCACGCGCUUCGUAUCUGCCAAGAGGGAGGUGAUCCUGUCGGCCGGGGCAGUUGCUUCUCCUCAGCUCCUCAUGCUCUCCGGGAUAGGGCCGACAGAGGAACUACAUAGACAUGGGAUCCGUCCCAUCGUGGAUCUUCGAGUGGGUGAGAACAUGCAAAGCCACACGGGCCCCGGUGGGCUCUACUUCAGCAUCAAGAAGAAAUCUGGAUUCUAUAUUCCUCGCCUAUUCACGACCGACCUCAUUCCCAGCACCCUCCAAUACGUUUUGAAGGGCGACGGUAUUGUUCCUUCCCUCUCUUGGAUACUGCAUGCGUGGGAAACGUACAAGGGAUUGCUGUUCCAACCCGGUUUCGCGAUUUAUCCUCAUGCCAUACAGCCGAAAAGUCGAGGGAAGAUUUUGCUACACAGCACCAACGUUAAGGACCAUCCAAUCAUUAUAGGGAAUUAUUUCAAGGAUCCGGCAGAUCUCAAGAUCGCAAUUGAAGGUACUGCAAGUACUCCUAUCGAUUUCCUCGGGAUCUUUAAAACAAGUUCUAAAGGGAAUCUCCGAUCGUCUUCAGGCAUUCGUUUGGCGCUGCGGUUGGGAGAGCAACCAGCAUUCAAGAAGUUCGGUGCCGAAUUCUACAGCGAGUCCCUGCCAGGUUGCAGGCAUCUGAAACAGUUCACGGACGAGUACUGGGAAUGUCACAUUCGUCAGUUCACGUAUCUUUUCUUCCACGAUGUCGGCACGUGCAAAAUGGGACCUCCCACCGAUCCCGGAGCUGUCGUGGACCCAGCCCUAAGGGUUUACGGAGUGAGGAACCUGAGGGUUGCGGAUGCAUCCAUCAUGCCGGUCAUCGUGUCGGGAACCACGAUGGCAGCCGCGAUCGUGAUCGGGGAGAAGGCCUCCGAUCUCAUCAAGUCAACUCAUGGCAUCAGCGCUUCAUCGAACUAA